GAAAAAGUUUGUAACAAAUACUAGGGACUGGAGGUCCAGACCAUCUACGCAGGGCCAGACAAACACAACACACAAUCCUUAAGAUGGGAGAUCCCAUUCAGUUAAAAGAUGAAGGAAACAAACACUUCCAGGCAGGUGAUAUUGACAAGGCCAUUCAGUGCUACACCAGUGCCAUCAAGGUGUGCAAGGACAAAAAAGUGCUUGCUGUCAUUCACAGGAACAGGUGUGCAUGCUACUUAAAAAAGGAAAACUAUACUAAUGCAGCAUCUGAUGCUUCUAAAGCAAUUGAUGUUGAUGCAGCAGAUAUUAAAGCCUUGUACCGGCGUUGCCAAGCUCUGGAGAAGUUAGGAAAACUGGACAUGGCUUUUAAAGAUGUGCAGAGAUGUGCCACUCUCGAACCAAAGAACAAGACCUUCCUGGAGACUCUACGCAGACUGGGAGCAGACAUCCAGGCCAAGCUCAAAACAACAUUCUCCACAGAUUCGAGGGUACAGAACAUGUUUGACAUUCUCCUUGGUGACGAAAUGGACAAGGAGAAAAGGGAAAAAGCUGCCAACAACCUGAUUGUGCUGUCCAGAGAGGACGCCGGAGCAGAGAGAAUCUUCCAGAAUAACGGGGUGCCUCUGCUGCUCAACAUGAUAGAGACAGGCAAACCAGAGAUGAUCCUGGCUGCUGUUCGUACUUUGUCAGGAAUGUGCACAGGACACAAAGCUCGGGCCAUGGCUAUUGUUCACAUGGUGGGUGUUGAUAAGAUGUGCAGCAUCAUGGCGGUUGACAAUGAGGAGAUUGCACUGGCAACCUGCAACCUCUUCCAGUGCAUCAACGACUCCCUCACUGGUGGAGAUAAAAGGGAAUAUGGGAAAGAAGAAGCCUUGGUUUUGGAUGCAUCUAAAGACCUGAAAACCAUUCUUCUCUCUCUGCUGGAAAUGGUGGCUAAUAAGAAGGUCUCUGGCCAUGGCAGAGACCAGGCGCUGAACCUCCUGAGCAAGAAUGUACCUCGUAAAGACAAGAAAGAGCCAGACCACUCCAGGACCCUCUUCACAAUUGACCAUGGUCUGAAGAAGAUCCUCAAGGUGUGUGGUCAGGUUGCUGAGCUGCCAGACCAGCUUCCCAUGACAGACAAUACACAGCUGAUUGCCAGCGUGCUCCUCAACAAGCUCUAUGAUGACCUCAAAUGUGACCCAGAGAGAAAUAACUUCAGGGACAUUUGUGAUGAAUAUAUUAAAUCCAAAAUUGACCCCAACGACAUGGACAAGACCAUUCACGCCAUCAACACCAUCUCAGGGCUGCUUCAGGGUCCGUUCGAUGUUGGUAAUGCACUGGUUGGACAUCAAGGCAUAAUGGAGAUGAUGGUGGCGCUGUGUGGCUCCGAACGUGAGGUCGACCAGAUGGUCGCUGUGGAAGCGCUGAUCCAUUCUUCCUCAAAGAUGAGCCGCGCCAGCUUCAUCAUCACCAACGGUGUGUCGCUGCUCAAGGACAUUUACAAGAAGACCAAGAAUGAGAGGAUUAAAAUACGUGCGCUGGUGGGUCUCUGUAAACUGGGUUCAGCUGGAGGUGAUGAUUACAGUUUAAGGCAGUUUGCUGAGGGCUCCACAGAGAAGCUGGCCAAGCAGUGCAGAAAGUGGCUUUGUAAUCCCCAGAUUGACACCAAAACAAGGAACUGGGCUAUUGAGGGUCUUGCUUAUCUGACUAAUGAUGCUGACGUGAAAGAUGACUUUGUGGAAGAUGAGCUUGCUUUGAAAGCCAUGUUUGAACUGGCCAAGUCUAAGGAUAAGACAAUCUUAUAUGCAGUGGCUUGCAUCCUGGUUAACUGCACCAACUGCUAUGAUAAGAAGGAAAUCAUACCUGAGCUGGUUCAACUUGCCAAGUUCUCAAAGCAGCAUGUGCCUGAGCAACACCCCAAGGACAAGAAGGACUUUAUUGAGAAGAGAGUGAAAAGGUUGCUGAAGGCUGGAAUCAUAUCAGCUCUUGCUGUCAUGGUCAAAGCAGACAACUCCAUACUGACUGACCAGACUAAGGAGAUGCUGGCAAGGGUUUUCUUGGCAUUAUCAGAAGAUCCCAGAGAUCGUGGUACUAUUGUAGCCCAAGGUGGAGGAAAGGCUUUGAUACCACUUGCUCUGGAAGGGACAGAUGCUGGGAAGGUGAAGGCCAGCCACGUCCUUGCAAAGAUUGCAGCUAUUUCCAACCCAGAAAUUGCCUUCCCUGGUGAGAGGGUGUAUGAGGUGGUGCGGCCUUUAGUUAGCCUCCUUCAGACAGACAGAGAUGGGGUGCAGAACUAUGAAGCUCUGAGAGGUCUCACCAACUUGGCUGGUUUCAGUGAAAAGCUACGAGUAAAGAUUGUGAAAGAGAACGCUCUGCCAGAAAUUGAGAACUACAUGUUUGAGGAACAUGAGAAGAUCAGACAGGCAGCCACUGAAUGUAUGUGCAACCUUGUUACAUGUAAAGAGGUCCAAGAUCGUUUUCUGGAAGAUGGCAAUGACAAAAUGAAGCUACUGGUCCUGCUAUGUGGCGAGGAUGAUGACAACCUUCAGGUAGCUGCAGCUGGAGCUGUGGCCAUGCUCACUGCUGCUCAGAAGAAACUCUGCACCAAACUGACAAAAGUGACCACCCAGUGGCUUGAGAUCCUGCAGAGGCUGUGUCUCCACACUGACAUUAGAAUACAGCACCGUGGCCUUGUGAUUGUCUACAACAUGCUCAACUCAGAUGACAGCGAGCUGGCAAAGAAGCUGAUUAUCGAUAGUGAGAUGCUGGAAAUCCUCUCAGUGAUUGGCAAGGCAGCGGACAAUCCCAAUAGGCAGGAGGCCAUCGAUGCAGCACGUGCGUGCCUUGCCAAAGCUAUGGAUCUCGGUCUCAUCAAACCCUUCACCAGUCCUUCUUAAAAUGAUGGCGACAAGAAAAGCAACAGCAAUGGACAUUCUUCUUAUUUCUCCUGUUAAAUACAGACUUUCUUCCACCAAAUAUAUAACGAUUAAUCAACCUGACUCCAAAUCUCUAAAGUCACAAUAAAAAUCAAUGUUCUUUUUUUUACAGGGGUUGUUUGGGGCUAGCCAAAUAAAUAUACAUGGGGUCCCCCCAUGAAGCUUCA